CCCAAACGCCACAAUUUCAAAAUCACUUGAAAAGCCACAGCGUUCAAAUUUCCCGAUCAAUCUAAGUUAUUAGCAUUUUAUAAUUCAUUUAUUGUUAUUUUCCAUCGAUUCUUUGAUUCGAAAAAACAAUGUCGGCAUCUGCCGUCUCGAUCACAGCCAACCCCGCGAUGGCGUCACGUCGCCGGCCGGUCCUUAUCGGCGAAAAGAAAACGAACGUCGAAGCAUUGGUAGCCGAACAGAACCCUAAUGGAGUUAACGUUGGAGAAGAUAAAGCCACCGGUACUGCUGUUACUGCCGGUCACAGCAGAGAUCUGAGCCACCACUCCGUCCGGGCCGAAGCGUCGAAGGACUUGAUGCAAGCGAGAAAAGCCACUGUGGGUCAAAACUCGAACGUCCCGCAGCGGCGAACGCGGAAAGGAGUGGUCAACAAGACGGAGAAACCCCGGUUAUUGACUGUGGUUAGUAUUUUCAUUAAGAAUUUAGUGCUUUUGCUUGUUUUGGCUGGUUUAGUUCAGAUUAUUAGGAAAUUGGCUUUGAAAUCAGGGGAGGUUAGUGGGGUUGGUACACAGACUGGAUUAACGGAAUUUGAGGGUAGGGUUGCUGAGGUUGAGAGUUUUUUGAAGACAACGGCUAAAAUGAUUCAGGUUCAGGUAGAUGUUGUUGAUAGGAAAAUCGACAAUGAAAUUGGUGGGUUAAGGAGGGAAUUGAAUGAGAGAAUUGAGGAUCAAACUGGAGUAUUGAAGAAUUCAUUGAAAAAAUUGGAAGAAAAGAGUGAGGGAUUGGAUAAGUCCUUGAGUGAAUUGAAGAGCGUGGAUUUGUUGACAAAGGAAGAGUUUGAGAAGAUGUAUGAACAAAUGAUAAAAGAAAUGGGUGAAAAUGAUAAAACUGAAAAUGCAGUGAGUUUGAGUGAUCUAGGAGCCUAUGCGAGAGAGAUUGUUAAGAAUGAGAUUGAGAAGCAUGCCUCGGAUGGGCUUGGGAGGGCUGAUUAUGCACUGUUUUCUGGUGGGGGAAAGGUUGUUAGGCAUUCCGAGCCCUUUCUUGCUGGAAAGGGAAGCAACUGGUUUUUGAAAAGUAGUCAAAAUAGGGUUCAUCGUGAUGCAGACAAGAUGUUGAAGCCAAGUUUUGGAGAACCAGGACAGUGCUUUCCAUUGAAAGGAAGCAAUGGGUUUGUUCAGAUCAAGUUGAGCACGGCUAUAAUCCCAGAGGCUAUUACUUUGGAACAUGUUGCCAAGAGUGUGGCAUAUGAUAGAUCCAGUGCACCCAAGGACUGCCGUGUCUCUGGCUGGCUGCAAGGUCGUGAUCUCAAUUUACCGGUUGAUGCUAAUAAGAUGUUUCUUUUGGCAGAAUUCACGUAUGACCUUGAGAAGAGUAAUGCUCAGACCUUUGAUAUAUUGGAUGCAGCAGGUGUUGGCAUUGUUGACACAGUCAGGCUGGAUUUCUCUUCCAACCAUGGAAGCCCUUCAUAUACUUGCAUAUAUCGAUUGAGGGUGCAUGGUCAUGGGCUCGAUUCUGUUUCAAUGGUAAAAAUGCAGCCUUAAUGCAAAUCAUACUUUUGCAAUCUGCAUUCCUCUUGUAAUUUUUGUUCGUCUAUUUAUAUAACUGAAUAGUACUUAGGUCUUUCCACUUACUAGAUACAGAUUCCUUAUCCUGUCAAGGUUUUCUUGUGUAGCAAAUGAGUGUGAAUCUACCUUUGUGUUUCCAGUUAGGCUGUACUUGAAUUAAGAACAAUGAUCUAUAUGAACCAGAAAUAGAUGAGCUUUAGUCUCCUGGGAGGAGAAGUUCGAUAGACCGAGACAAUAGUUUCAGCUAUUCAUUUCCUGGGCAAUAGUUGGAUUGUCCGAAAUGGUACAAAUGUAUUAAAGAACAAACUGUAAGUUUUUACGAUUUUUUUUAGGUUACGAUUGGGGUUCAAAUUCGAGAUUUUCAUUCUUAGA